UUUCUCCCAUGCAGGUGAAGGCGGUCGGGACACUGGCCAUGCAUUUGGACGAGUCGUGCCUUCUGCAUGGCGACCGGCAGGGGAGGACAGCCCUGCACUUGGCGGCGGAGCUUGGGCACGAAAGGUGUGCUCAGAUAUUGCUAGACCGAUACACCGGCCCGCCCACCCAGCGCUGCAACAACGGCUACCUCCCCAUCCACGUGGCCGCCCGCAACUCCUCCGUGGGCGUGGUGAGGCAUUUGAUCAAGUGGGCGGAGGAGAGGGCGUGUGAGAGGGAGAUGAUGUCGAUGCCUGAUUUUGACGGAAAUAUACCCCUGCACCAGGCCGUGCAAGGGAGGGCGAUCAAGGUGGUCGAGCAGUUCCUCAAGGUGGGCGCUCUGAUCUCGACCCAGCAGCUCGACCUCUCGACGCCCGUUCAUCUCGCGUGUUCACAGGGCGCUCUCGACGUCGUGAAGCUGAUGUUCAGUCUACAGCCUCAGGAGACGGCGAGAGUUCUUGUGACCACAGAUGCCCGAGGAAUGACCCCGCUUCACUGCGCCGCCAUGUUCAACCACUAUGAACUCGUCGCUUUUAUUCUUGAACAGUUCCCCCACCAGAUGAAAUCAAAGCUCCUUUCUCUCCUGAACGAGAGAGACUCCAAGGGCUGGUCGCCGCUGCACUACGCCUCGAAGGGCGGGCGGCUCUGCUCUCUCUACUUCCUGCUGAGUCUGGGCGCCUGCGUCAGGGUCAGGGAUCAGCAGAACGAGAAUCCGCUGCACUUCGCUGCUAAGUUAGGACGCUACAACACGGUGAAGAGGCUCCUGGAAUCUGACGACGGUUUCUUCAUCCUUAAUCAGUGGAAUAAUGAAGGCAAAACUGCCCUGCACCUCGCUAGUCAAGCAGGUCACACUCGGGUGGUUCAGCUCCUCCUCAGCAAAGGGGCGCUCCUCCACCGCGACCACCAAGGGCGAACUCCACUCCACCUGGCGGCUGAAGGUGGCCACUCGAGGACCAUCACGGCAAUCCUGGCCAUCCACGGCCACACGCUCAACCAGAAGGAUAAGGAUGGGAGCUUCAGGGCUUCAUGUCUUCACGGCAGUAGGGCUUCAGGACUGCUGGACUUCAGGGCUGUAGAGUGCAUGGCUUCAUGGCUUCUGAGCUUCAGAACUGUAGGGCUUCAAGGCUAUAAGAGCUUCAGGGCUGUAGAGCUUCGAGGCCAUAAGGGCUUCAGGGCUGUAGAGCUUCGAGGCAAUAAGGGCUUCAGGUCAAGAUUGAAUGAUUUUGGCUUGCCGAUCGAGGUUUUGCAACAGCCCAGCAAGAUCCACGGCCUCGUGUGUCUGGCGAUCCGGAAAUUUUCCGAAAGGGGUUUGAGGGGUCCUACGCAGGCCAUCGUCAAGUCGGACAUCAAGGAGAACUCAAAGGAAUUUUACAUUCGCUACCGGUUCUACCCGUUGCAACUGAACCGUGAUCACCUAGAGCUGGAACGCUUGCAACAGAAUGAUCCCAAGUGGCUGCCGAACCCUCUGAUGGCUUGCAAUGAAAUGGUGAAGUGCGGGCGGGUGGAGUUACUCCUUCACCCCCUCACGCAGAAGUUCCUGGAGAUGAAGUGGGAGGCUUACGGCCGCUUCAUCCACAUGUUCAACCUGGCGCUGUACGUCGUGUUCCUUGGCCUCGUCACCUUCUUCGGCGUGGGGCUCCUGGCGACGCUGGAUCCCGAGGCUUCCGCUUCUGCCGCCACAGUCAUCACCCCCUUCGUCGACGCAGACGGCGAUCGGAACGCAACGGAGGAAUCUCUCGACACCACUCGGGGUUCCUCGGCGACGGGAGGAUCACGAACGGAACUUAAGGACGACGACCCGACAUCGGAAGCUCCUCGGAGGAACUCGAUUGUCGCUUGGAUGUUCUCGCGGAAGGAAGACUCGGAGACACAGGACCCUACGAACAUAACGAUGCCCACCUACAUAACCAGCCUGUGCAUCAUGAUGUACGCUGUGUACGGGAUCUUAAGGGAACUGUACCUAGCCUCGCCCAUCAACAUAGUGGAAUGGACACUCUACGCCACGUCAAUAAGGAUGGUUCUCCCCGUCUACCUCGAAGGGCGCUGGGACGGUUCGCAAGUCAUCUACGCUGCCCUGGCCCUGCUCACGGCUUGGUUCACAUUGCUCCUCUAUUUCCAAAGGUUCAACAACAUCGGCUUGUACGUCGCCAUGUUCUUGGAGAUUCUGAACACACUGCUGAAGGUGUUCUUCGUGUUCUCCGUUCUCAUCGUGGCGUUCAGUCUCGCGUUCUUCAUCCUCAUGUCUCACGGCGGCCACCUGUCUUUCUCCACCGUGCCCAUGUCGAUGCUCCACACAGUCUCCAUGAUGAUCGGCGAGAUGGAUUUUCUCCAGGUGUUUGUUUACCCCUUCUACAGGGAGAGUGAGAGGGGCACUUAUAUCCCCUUUCCUGGGACGACAUUCACCCUCCUAGCCGUGUUCAUGAUCCUGAUGCCUAUCCUGUUGGUGAACCUGCUCAUCGGCUUGGCGGUCGGGGACAUCGAGGCGGUGAAGAAGGAUGCUCAGUUGAAAAGGAUCGCCAUGCAGGUGUUCCUCCACACCGAACUGGAGAACAUGCUGCCCAAGUGCCUGAUCAGCCGAGUAAACAAGUCAGAGGUGGUUGUUUACCCGAACGCGAAAUCGGACAAGUCGCGUGGGUUUUUGGCGUGCGUUCGAUAUGCCCUCAGGAUCCUGUGUUCGUUCAAGAAGGAGAGAUCUUUUGAUACUCCGGAUUCAGAAAACCAGAUUAAUAUAUGCAAAGAUAUGCUUGAGAUACAGCAAAGACAGUUGCGUAGGAUUUCGACCCAUCUUGAGCACCAGUCAAAUCUUAUGAGACUUAUCAUGCAGAAAAUGGAAAUCCGCAGUGAUGUUGACGACUAUGAUGACGGGGUAACUUUGGAAAACCUAAACACUCCAACUUACGACCGCCGACGCUUCGCCACUUCUGCACUGAAUCAGUUUGAUCUUUGGAAUUUAUAAGAAGUGAUUAAUUGAAUUGCUUCAUCUUGUGUAUGUAUAUGUAUCUUGACAAAGCGACUGUUAGCUUUA